AUGAACAGUGUCAAGGGCCACAAUAUCUUCUCCAACCUGUCGUCCACAGAGUACAGCGACCUCAUGCAGCUGCUCAAACAGUCCAUUCUGGCGACAGACCUCACUCUUUACUUUGAGAACAGAAACAGCUUCUUUGAGCUGGUCAAUAAAGGAGAGUACAACUGGAAUGUAAAGGCCCAUCGAGACAUGUGCAGAUCCAUGAUGAUGACAGCUUGUGAUCUUGGUGCUGUGACUAAACCUUGGGAUAUAUCACGCAAGGUGGCAGAGUUGGUGACCAGCGAGUUCUUUGAGCAGGGUGACAGAGAGAGAUCAGAGCUAAAGCUCACACCCUCAGCCAUCUUUGAUCGAAACAGGAAGGACGAGUUGCCGGGGCUCCAGCUGGAGUGGAUUGAUGGAAUUUGUGCUCCGUUGUAUGAGACUCUGGUACAGUUGAAUCCGAAACUCCAGCCGAUGCUUGACUUGAUCAGAGCUAACAGGGCCAAAUGGGAGGAACUGAACAAGAAGAGACAACGUGGCCAGAGCAUGUCUGCACCAACAAGCCCAUGCAGUGUUGAAAGCACAGAAACCAGUGGCAGCACACCUUGCUGCAGCAGCAGCAACAGCAGCAGCAGCAGCAACAGCAGCAGCAGCAGCAGCAGCAGCGAUGCUGAUGGCACAACAUCUAAACCUGUUAGUUAGCUGGUGCUGCCACCUCCAUGCUGAUCGUUUUCGGCUUAUUUCCUCUUAAAUGCAGCCUGCAACAGAGACAGCUGUGCAGUGCAGUGCAUGCAGAGGUUCUUGGGCUCUGCUCGUCUUCGCUUUAGCUACUAGAGAUGAGCUUUAGACUCGAGUGCGGCGCUAUCAUAGAGGUUUAUAUGCUCCCUUCAGUCUUCGUGGCUGACAGAGCUGUGUUUGGCAAGCUUGUUGGAGCAGCUACAAAUCAGCUGACGACACCAGCUGAUGUCAGAAAGGCAUCUGAAAAACACUGUGUCAACACGUUAAGCAGUGAGCUAAUUCUGGGCAUUGCACACAUCUUCAGCACAACAUGGCAUGGGGGAAUAUUGGAGAGGAAUAUUUGUCUCUGCUGUGGUUAGUAUUGCUAUUGGUAUUUUCUUCUUGCUCACAUUUUUUCUGGGGUAACAGAGAUAUUUUUUUGUAAAUGUGUACAUAGGCUAUUGAGUUAUUUACAAGUGCUGUUUCAAAAAAAAAAACAACCCCUGCAAGCUCUGGAUUGUAAUGGCUGCAGAGUCUCUGAAGGAUGAAGGGAUGCGGGAACAGCAGGACCUGUGACAGUGCUUGCAAUGCAAAUUGAGUGCUCCGCUCCCUCCCUUCCUGUGCCUUGUUUUAAGACCCUAAUGAAAAAUGCAUGGCCUCCUCCUCCUCACCUAGAUUCUUUAGAUCGUAUAUUGAACCAUGAUGUAUUUUUUUUUUGUUGCCAUAAUUAGUAAAAACCAAUGACUGCAGUUUUGCCCACAUUGGCCACAAACCACUGAAGUUAUAGUUAAAUCUAUUUUGCCCAAUUUUAUAAAUGCAGGGUCUCACUUGUACACACACUUGUGCGCAGACAUGUGUGCAGCACAUACACACACACACGCACACAUGUGCACAAACACACACAAUGUGCCUUGAUGAAGUUGUUUUAGUAAUCUUUGCAAGAACAUAGUUUAUCUACCUUGAUUUGACACUUACAUUUCAAAACAUUAGACAGAACUAGUAAAGCGACUAAUUCAACUAUGUUAAAAUGAACGCAUCAAAAUACACAUAUUUGCUUUCUGCUGGACACGGAGACGCUGCAUCUGCAUCAGCAUCAGCAUCAGCAGUUUGGCUGUCGAUCAGUCUUUCGGUCCCUUUUUGUCCCGAAAGUUAGCCUCGGGUUGCCAACUUCCUGAAAAUAAGGAACUCAGUUAUACUGUUAAUAUACUGCACGUUACAUUACACCCACAAACUACAAAAUUUCACACUUGUCAAAUAUUAUCGUUUAUUACAUUUUUUUGCAAUCUUCAUCUUUCGCCCUGAGCAGUAUCCUCCUGUCGCCAUUUUACCUUUACAUCACACUGCGUCUCCGUUGCUACGAUACACAGGACGCACAGCGAAUUGGAUGCCCCAAUUAAGAGUGCCCAUUUUCUGUUGGAUAGUAAUGAACGACAGAUGGAGAGCAGUGAUUUUUCCCCUGAAAUCACACUCAAUCACGGUUUUGCAUGAAUUACUGAAUAAGGAAAUAAGGAACAAAUCUUUUCUCUUUGAAAUACGGUACACAUCCAUAUUUUACGGAACGGUUGGCAACCCUAAAUUAGCCUAGCUCUGUCCAGAGAAAACACAGUAAUCCACCUAACAACACCUCUCACUUAAGCUUCUUUUGUUUCUGUAUUCUUUAUAUUUUCAGUCACAACUUUUAAACAAUGGCGAUCCAUUGUUAGUUUUAGAGGUGCUGAUGAGCAGAUUCUGUUUCUGUUGGAUGGGACCAACUGUUAACAAGCUGUAGCAGUAUUUAAAUGCACAAUAUGAACAUUUUUACAACAUUUACUAGUGGAGUUGGAUGUUGCAGAUGAAUAUCCCUCGCUGUAGUGAGUGUUGGAGAACCUUCAAAGAUGUUUAGUUUGUCCAUUAUGGCUGUAACAUGGUGGUCAAAUAUGGCUCCUUCUUAGGUAUCACUUAAUAUAAAAUUAUCAUUAGCUUCAAUCUUUUCCACAGUAAGCAAAUAUGUGAUUUUCCUAAAAGGUUUCUUUAAAUUUGUUUCUCUUUCUCUUGAAGCUCACAAAUCCACACUGCUUUUUUUUCAAAUCUGCAGAGGACAGAAGACUUGUAGCACACUCUGAAGUGCCCAUGUAGUCACAGGCUGUUAUUUUUCAUUGGGAUUUUUACUGUAAGUAUUCUUGAGUGGGACUUUGCCUUUGGAAAUUGUGUUGUACCUUUGUUAAUUGGAGUUUAAAACGUGACUGUGCACACUGUGUGGCAUGGAUCGGUGUGCUCUAAUGUACUUUGGCCGAAGAGCUGAACUGAAGUCGACCAGAAAAAUGAUGAAUUGCAUGUUUUAUGCAGUAUUAAAUUCAACCACUUGCUAAGAAUGUAGCAAAACGUGUGAGCCAACGAAUACCUCGUAUUUUGAACCUCAUUAGUAAACACAUUGUUUCAUCUGAAAUGCAUGACUUAAAUUCUAUUGCAUCAUGUUAUGUGACUUAUGAAUAUUGCUGUUCUAUUUUUCUAUGAGGUCUCCAUGUGGUCGACCUGUCUUGUCUUUUUUUUGCAUUGUAAUGUGCUUCUUCUUGUGUUUCUUCUCUCCUCUUACCAGUUUGGACUCUGGGUUUUGUUUUUUUGGUGGGAUAAACUAAGGAAACCGUAAGGCAUGAAAAGGCAAAUGUGCAAUGUUUCUGUUUAGAGUUUAAAUAAAAAUAUGCUGCUACGA